AUGGCAAGUAGUCGGUGGUCGUUCACCCGCGUGCUGGGAGGCCCUGCAAAGACCCAACCACCGUCCAACCAUUCCACCUCCGGACCGUCUCAUACCAAUGGAAACAGUCGUGGUCACGGCCCGCGACAGCACCAGAGACAAGCAUCCUCUGCGACCACCACAGUUCAGCCACAGUCGAGGUUCAAUCGCCCUCCCGCUGCUACCGCCGCCGUAGCCGAAGACCCUAACCACCUAUCGAACGACUCCACCCCCGCCGUCCCGGACAGCGUGUGGUUCGCCUCGGACUUCAUGCUCGGGUCGGGCAUGGCCAUCAUCCAGCCCUCGUCCGGAAAGGUAGUCAUACUAUGCCAAAGGGAGAAAGACAGGCACGGACGCGAGCACAAUUACUGGUUCCUUCCCAAAGGCAGGAAGGACGUCGGAGAGUCCCUGGAGCAGACGGCACUGCGGGAAGCCUACGAAGAGUCCGGAUACCGCGUCAGCUUGCUCCCCGUCGUCCUCCCGCACAACGCCCCAACCCCCCCCGGUUCGAUCCGGCGGCUCGACCGCUCGCGCAUCCUCCCAUGCACCGAGCCCAUCUACAUAUCCCUGAUGGGGUACGGCCGCGGGGGGCGCAAUCACCAGCGCGGCGAGUACCUCACCUUCUGGUACGUGGGCCAGAUCCCAGCAGACGCGACCGUCGAGGCCGGCACGCGCAUGGCCGACGAGGUAGACUACGAGACGCACCUCGUCACAAUCCAGGAGGCGCUCGCCCGCCUGCAGGGCCCGCCGGCGCACGUCAUGCACAAGGCGUACGAGCUGUGGACGCACACCGCGCAGCUGCAGGCGCAGAACGAGUACAGGUACUACGUCUCCCAGCUCGCCGUGGAGCAUGCGCGCGCCGCUGUCGCGAGCCACGGUGCCCGGCCUGCCGGGGCGGACGAGGUCGUCUCAGCGGAGCAGGCAGCACAGGAUGCGGAGAACUGGGAGGACGCGGACCUGGCUUAGGUACUGUACGACGCGAUGUCAUGUUGUAGAAUAGGACGG